CAAAGGUUCAAAAGAUACAAAGAAACUACCCCACAUUUCACAUUAGCGCUAAGCCCUACCCUCGGGCUGAACAUCAGUCCCAAUGACACCCCGACGCCAAACAUCACGAAGUCGCGGCGGUGAGUUCUGACACGCUCGACUAGGUUGUAUGCCUUACUUGCCUGAUUCUACAGCAAGGCUGUAAGGCAUGACCUGCACGACGUGAGGCUGACAGGCGCCACUAUUAGACGACCCCGCCAACAUGCUCGCAACGACGGUUGACAGGCAUGUCCCAUUCAUUCGACCAAUCCAAGACUGGGAACAAGACUCUUCCAUAGACUUUCAAGGCCGCCUUGUGCAGAUCGGCUACGCUGCUCUCGAGCUCGAGGCUCCUCAUUCGUACUCAUCGAGUUCGCCAUACGGAUACCCUCUAUCGAUCCUCAGCAGCUCGUCCAUGGCGCCCAUAGUUCACCAAUCCCACGCCUCCAACGCCUCGGACUACCCACCCUCGCUUCAUUCCUGUCACACUCAAUCCAAUACCAUCACAGACAGCUCCAUAAGUACAAGUCUUGCAGAUCAGUGCGCAGGCAAGCCGCUGUUGGACGAAGUCGACGGCGUAUUGAUGCAGCAACUUGCCGAAGCGAAUACACCCGAAUACGAAUGUGUGUUCUGGUUCCUCAACUGCUCAUACGUAUCGCGCAUCGAAUCAGAGUGGAACACGCACUGCCUUAGUCAUUUCCGUGGCAAGAACCCUCCACGCGCCGUGCAAUGUCCGCUCUGUGCAUGGCAGACAAUCUGUAACGAAGGCCCGGAAGCAUGGAACCUGAAGAUGGAACACCUUGCAAGCACGCAUCUUGCAUACGGUUGGAACCUGAGAGCGGCUCGACCAGAUUUCGACCUGUUCCAGUACCUCUGGCAACAGCGUCUUAUUGGAGACCAAGACCUUAAGGAACUGAAAGGCGGAAACCACAACCUUACCCAUCCACCUGAGAACUUUGUUGAAACAAAUGGCAGAGGAUCGCAUCGCCAGAGGAACAGUGGCCUGCAAGGACUCCAGCACAUUCGAAGCAGGCGGGCAAUCGCCUCAUAAGGCCAUGCGGCAAUGUCUCACGCAAGCACAGCAUUCCUCCUUCUUUCCUCGCUGUCGGCUGGUCCCGGCUUACCACAACUCAUGACUUACUCGAUACCCAUCUCUUAUCCUCAUGUUUCUUACUGUUUCGUGUCUUUGAGCGUUUUCUGUUUCUUCUAGUUUCUGGCUUAUACCAAAUUGGAAUGAUGGAACCCGCUGGACGGUGGGGGCCUGUCGGUUAAUCCUGUCUUUCAGCUAUCUUUCAUCAAUUCAGAUUGUAAUGUCUUGUUAUGAAGAGAGCGUCCUUUGGCUCUAUUCAGA